GUCCACUCAUCGGUCUGCUCAUGAGUCGAACGUUUGGGCUUGGUGUGCGAAAUUAUACUUCAAAUCUUUAGCGAUAUUAUACAUCGGUACUUUGAAAGGACAGUGAUCAGUCAUGUUGUUGUAUUUGUUGAUUGCGGUAUUGUGUGUGGUGGGGUUUCACGCAUACGUCAGAUAUGGUAGAUAUGGAAAAUUGAUAAACAAAUUACCUGGACCAACGCCGUUGCCUAUUCUCGGAAAUCUUUUGCUCCUCAACAAAGGCCCGGUGGAUCUUUGGAACUUUUUGCACGUUAAAAUGAAAGAGUACUAUCCAUUCGGAAAAAUUUGGUUUUGUACUAGUGCUAUAAUUCUAACUCAAGACCCGGACGAUCUCAAAAUCUUGUUAUCGGAUAAAGUCAAUAUCGUGAAGGGAUUCAUGUACAAGCCUCUUCAUCUCUGGGCUGAAACGGGUCUGAUUACGGGUACAGGUGAAAAAUGGCAGCAUAGGCGAAAAAUUAUCACCCCCGCGUUCCAUGCAAAUAUUAUAAAAAAAUAUAUUGAAAUAACAUCCGAACAAGGAGAACGCUUCGUCGAAUAUUUAAAAACUAAAGGGGACGAAACUGUUGAGAGCCUUAUACCAAUUUGCUCGAAUCUCACUUUGAGCAUUAUUAUUGAGGCGGCAAUGGGCACUAAAUUCAAUACGAUGGGAGAUAAGGCAGAAGAAUACAAAAAGGCUAUUGAAGAUUAUUUUCAUGGCGUUGCGUACAGGGCGACUAGGCCAUACAUUCAAAACUGGAUGCUAAGAUACUUUGGUAGGGGGCGCAGGAUUUUAGACUGCAUCAAGAGUCUGCGUGGCUUUGCGGAUAAGAUAAUAGAAGAGCGGAGAGAAUAUCACAAUCAAACAAAACAUCAAUCCUUUCAAAACUACGUCGAUGACGUGGAUGACACGAAUCUCCUGGAUGGAGGCCGCAAGAAAAGAUUGGCUAUGCUCGAUCUUUUGUUACUGGCUGAAAAGGAGGGCUUGAUAGACGAGCAAGGAAUCAAAGAGGAGGUGGAUACGUUUACAGCUGCGGGUUACGACACUACUGGAAUGGGAAUGGUCUACAUGUUAUUACUUCUGGCUGAAAAUAAAGAUGUCCAAAAAUUGGCAAGAGCUGAAUCUGAUCGAAUUCUAAGCGCAUCCGGAGGCAGAAUUACGAUGACGGAAAUUCAACAGAUGGAUUACAUAGAACGAUGUGUCAAGGAAUCUCUGAGACUCUUUCCAACUGCACCAAACAUAUCUCGCACUAUAAUCAAAGACAUACAACUAAAAAAUUGCAUGGUCCCUGCCGGAACCGACGUGUUUGUCCCCAUAUACGAUGUUCACAGAGAUCCGAAGUACUGGCCAGAUCCAUUGAAAUUCGACCCAGACAGAUUUCUGCCGGAAGAAGUUCACAAGCGUCAUCCCUUUUCUUACUUGCCCUUCAGCCACGGGCCCCGCAACUGCAUCGGACAAAAGUUCGCCAUUGCCGAGAUGAAAGCGUUGGUCGCUCGCAUUGUAUACAACUUCUACCUCGAACCCGUAACUUACACCAAAGACUUGCAGUUCACGGCCCACAUAGUACUGCUAUCGACGGUACCUCCGUGUACGAAGUUUAUCAAAAGGUUACGAAGCAAAGAUUAAUUUAGUCUCUAGAGUACAUACAUUUUUCACUUGACGCACCACGAUUGUAACGAUCUAUUUUAUAAAAAUUCUCCGUUUGACCUCAUAGAAAUACAAUAGUCAGUAUUUUUUAGUCUUUC